AUGAUCACUAGGCGUCAAGUGAAGCGUUUGGGCCAUCCGAACAAUGUCGAAAGUGUUCGAAAAAAGGUGCGAAGAGAGGAGCGUAUGUCCAAGCAGCUACGUGGCUUGCAUCUGUCGGAAUCAAGGCCUUCUGAUGAACGGUUUUUCAUGAAAAAACCAUAUGAGACAUUCGAAGAAAUGGAACUCAGGAUCAUUGACAGUGACAGCGACGAAGAUGAAGAAAAGGACGACGAAGGGCUGCUGACUAGCAAGCGCGACGUUGUGCUACUUUCAGACGAGCUUAAAGACGUGUUGAAAUCUAAGUCCAGUCACAUUUUCCGAAAUUCGGUGCCUGAAAUGGAAAUCCCUUGUACAGAUGUAGUUUUGUGGAAGCCGCUGAACCUAUUGAAGUACUCUGAAGAUGGUCAAAAAGUGGAGGAGGCGUCGUCGUCAGGCGAAGAAGAAGAUGAGAUUAAAGUGCCUAUGCCUAUUCCAAAAGUGCCCCAACCUGAAUACGCCAUGUCGAUGGUGCUGAACAAUCACCGUAUCAGUAAAUUUUCAUCUCCAGACCCUGUUGGUGCCCAUGACAUCAUUUCCAAUCAGGAAUCUGAUGCCAUGGAAUUGGAUACGUGA